UCCAUAAAAGGGGAAUGAGGCACCAGAACUGCCGUUCUAAGGGGAUUUGGUAGCGCUCACAGCUCCCUCUGGCACUUCUCUGAACUGGAAUCAGAGUGGUCCUUAAGUCUUGGACCCACCACCCUGCUACCUGCUUAGCCAGAAGCCACCCAGAGCAAAGCAGUGCACAGGGACACUGAGACAGAAUGGCAUGGCUCAGGCUGGUGCUGGCAGCUGGCCUCCUGGUGUUGUCCUCUGCUGUUGUAGACGACUGCCUGUCCCGGUGCUCGCUGUGCACGGUGAAGACUCAGGAUAUGCCCCAGCCUGUCAACCCCCUGAUUUGCUCCGUCGAAUGCCAGGAUGCCAUGCUGCCCUCUGAGGAGUGGGACAGAUGCCAGAGUAUUCUGUCUUUUCUCACCCCAUCUACCCUCCAACUCCAUGACAAAGAUGACAUGGAAGGAAAAGCCACGCUGGAAGAAGGCUACAGCACCCUGGCCAGGCUGGUGGGGCCCCUUCUAACGGAGCUGGAAAAAAGCAGAUUCCUUCCCAGCGCUCCAAAGAUAAAGCUUGGGGGUCUUACCGGUGGGUUUGGGGAAGGAAGGGAAUCUGAGGUGAUGCGACCUGCCCAGGUGAAUGGUGGCCCCUUGGAGGCUGGCACACUCCAUUUUGGUGAGGGAGACCCCAGGGAGCAAGUCAAACGCUACGGUGGCUUUUUGCGCAAGUAUCCCAAAAGGAGCUCAGAGGUAGCUGGGGUGGGGGAUGGGGAUGGGGAUGGGGAUCAGACAGGCCACGAAGACCUAUAUAAACGCUAUGGCGGCUUCCUGCGGCGCAUCCGCCCCAAGCUAAAGUGGGACAACCAGAAACGUUAUGGCGGCUUCCUCCGGCGCCAGUUCAAGGUGGUGACUCGGUCUCAGGAGGAUCCCAAUGCCUACUCUGAAGAGUUGGUUGAUGCAUAAUCCCUCCCAUUUGUGGAGCGUGGCCCCGAGCUUCCUUGGCCUUUCCCACCCUAGAGCACAGCGCCCCAUCCUCCUGUGUGUACCCCUCCCACAGUUCAGCAUUUAUCACAAAAUGUCCACUGCAGCCAGAUGGCCACUCUCCUGCCUGGGGGGUAUGACAUCUGUGGGGGUCCAGUAACAGAGAAGGGUGGAGGUAUCUUGCCAAUAGUCCCAGCGCUGUGCUACAAUCUAUAGACCUAGAAACUACCACUACCGGUGGCUUUUGACAUCAAUCACACUUCCCCAUCCCUAUGACCCUCACUCCAGGAAUCCAAAGAGAUUGUUCCUUAUCUAUAGAUCUAUGAUCUACAAACUACUGAUCAUGUGGCUCCUUCAGGAAAACAGUGAACACCCCUCUAUACUAUGCACGUGUGCCUAUCAUAAAGCGUGCCAAGAGUAGACACUCUCAACAACAAAGAACCUCCCCCCAUGUGUGCCCCACUCUGGAGACCAUAGGUUAGGAAAAGUUUAGCCACCACCUCGCACAGGAGCACAGGGUCUGAAACAAAAUAUCCAAUCAUCAAGCAGGUUCAAUGUUCAGUAUUCUACCCAGGUUCUCAUGGUUUUUCAGGCACAUGUUGAAAAGCCAAACUUCUGAACUCCAAGUUAUGUUUGUCCCCUAGACAACCCUCCUUACUGCCUUCAGGAAGAAGGGAGUCACACCCCCUUGCUCAUGGUGGAGAACCAUCUUUCUAAAGGUUGAAAUGACAAGGAGGGUGCAGGGCAAACCAAUUUGUUGUGCUCAAUACAUUUAAAGAUGUGGAUCAGUCCCCCAGUUCUCAUUAAACUAAUUAAACUGAUCAGUAUUACACUUUCAACCCUCCUCCCUCCAACUGAGGCAGAGUGCAGCUAGAGGUUAAGUGCUGCCUUGUUUUUCAGCAUCUGAGUUGACUGCUCAGAGUCCAAGUCACCUGCUCCAGCAUAUGUCCUGGGCACUGGGUAAGAAAAUCUAGAAGCAGCAACUGAAGGAGAGACAGGCUCACCUCAGCACUAUGAGAAUUCUUCCUCUCCAAAUAGAACCAGAAGGAGGAAUGAAAUGAUUGAAUGUUCAAGGCCAAAGUUGUUCCCUUUAUUCAAAUGACCCAGAAUCAAAUGCAAAGAUCUCCAUGAUUCCAAAGCUCCCUCAUCCCAGGGCACUAUGUCUGGGGUGGUGGGCCGAGGAGAUGAGGCUAGAUGGGAGAGAAUAUGGACUUGAGUUUGUGUAUUUGCAUAAGGUGCCUCAGCAUACCUCUCCAAGCACAGGCUAUCCGUGCAGCUUGUACGUCUCCACAUUCUGCAAUGUGUAGUUUUUUUUUUUUUUUUAGGGUUAUGUUUUUGUGUGCUUUAAAAAUAUCUAAUUUACUUGGAAUUUGCUUAGUCUUUAAUAGGCAUGUGUAAUUUCCUGCUUCUCCAGUAUAAUAAAUAAAUGAUGUUGGUGACU